UCAUCUACAAUAAUUACCACGUUCUAUUUUGAGACCUGAAGAUUGCUUGCGCUAAAGAAAGCAAACUAUUGAUCUUCAAAUCUCCCAUCGAUGGGCUCGCAGUGCAGUACUGUAGAUGAGUUAUUUCUAAACCUGAACAACGCUGCAGCUUAUCAGACAUGGUUUCUCAUUACAUCUGGCUCUCUCUCCCAUCUUUAGUUAAUGCCUUUGAAAAACCAGGUACAUCACCCAUCAAUGGAAGUUUUGAAGGAACUCUUGGAAUCCCCAACAUCUCGAGUUUCUUUUCCUGGGAUAACUACACCCUUGCUGAGUGGCAGCACUUUGUGGGCAGGAGCAGAUAUGGAGCAGAGUCCCAGAAUCUGACAGUGAAAGCCCUGCUGGUUGCGGCAUACUCCUUCAUCAUUGUGUUCUCGCUCUUUGGGAACCUCCUGGUGUGUCACGUCGUGGUCAAGAACAAGAGGAUGCAAUCUGCCACCAGCCUGUUCAUUGUAAAUCUGGCCAUGGCAGACAUAAUGAUCACGCUUCUUAAUACUCCCUUUACUUUGGCUCGUUUUGUGAACAGUACCUGGAUCUUCGGGAAACAAAUGUGUCACGUCAGUAGGUUUGCACAGUACUGCUCUCUGCACGUCUCUGCCCUAACCCUCACAGCAAUUGCAGUGGACAGGCACCAGGUUAUCAUGUACCCAUUGAAACCUCGCAUUUCCACUGCAAAAGGCGUUGUCUACAUCUCAGUUAUCUGGAUCAUGGCCACCUGUUUCUCCCUCCCGCAUGCUAUCUACCAAAAAUUAUUCACUUUUGAAUACAGUGAAGAAGUUAUCCGCUGCCUGUGUCUCCCAGAUUUCCCUGAACCAGCUGAUCUCUUCUGGAAGUAUCUGGACCUAACAACCUUCAUCUUGCUCUAUGUUCUGCCCCUUUUGAUCAUCUCUGCUGCCUACCUAACAGUGGCCAAGAAGCUUUGGCUGCGCAAUGCUAUAGGGGAUGUGACUACAGAACAGUAUUUUGCCCUUCGUAGAAAGAAUAAAAAGACCAUUAAGAUGUUGAUGUUGGUAGUUGUCCUCUUCGCUGUUUGCUGGUUCCCAUUAAAUUGCUAUGUCGUCCUCCUUUCCAGCCAGACUAUUCGCACCAACAAUGCCUUAUACUUUGCUUUUCACUGGUUUGCAAUGAGCAGCACCUGUUACAACCCCUUCAUUUACUGCUGGCUCAAUGACAAUUUCAGGUUGGAACUGAAGUCUUUGCUCAACAUGUGUCAAAAACCCCCUGGGCCAAAAGAGCACAAGCAUCCAUCCAUGGUUCCCUCCUAUAAAGUAGCCUGGCCAGAAAACAGCAACUGCAAGAAGUUUCAGGUCUCCCACGGGCUUCCCUCAAUCUCUAAUAGCCAACUGGGGAAGACAGACAUCUCUUCAGUUGAACCUAUUGUUGCUGUGAGUUAAAUGAGGUAACAAUAUGAGUGGUUGUGGGGGAAGUAUCAGGAUUCACCAAAAACUGAAGAUUUA